AGAAUACCAAGAUUGGCAAGGAGACAUAUAAAGAUAUGAUCACCCACCACUUCAUUCCCUGUGUCUUGAAAUUCACCUCUGCAGUUGGUGAUGAUUCACUCUGGAAAGAACUAAACCGAGCAAUUCUGUUGAAACUUCGAAAUGAUGAUGAUGAUCCUCUUGUGAUCUUAGCAGCACUGGAAACUUUUGAAGCCCUAAUUGAUGCCUUUGGUGAAGAUUACUUACAGCCUCUUCUUGCUGACAUAAUGCCAUACAUAACAGAAGUAUUUGAAACAGUAGAUCCUGAAAUAGAAGCUGCCACAAAGAAAUUUACACAAAAAUGGAAGCCAUAUUAGGCGAUUCGUUCAGGUCUUAUCUUGACAGAUAAUGAUGUACAAACUAAUAUAAGAAAAUCUAAAUAAAUAAAAACUUGA